AUGGGUUGUUUUUCCAGCAAACAUACCUCCCAAGAUUCAAAUGGAAUAGUUCCUUUACAUGUUAAAGUUUGUCCAACAUGUAAACGACAAUACACACAACGCGGAUGGUGUCAACCAUGUAUCAAAGAGAUAGAUCGAGGUGGUUUCGGUAUUGUUUAUAAGGCUACCUGGGAUCUUGGUCCAAAAUUAUACUGGGAUGAUUCAAAACGUCACUGGGUACGUGAGGGAGAAAAACAAAUAGCUCUUAAACGUUUAUAUAAUUCCAAUAAGGCAAAUCCGGAAUUUUGGAAUGAGAAGCAAAGCGUUUCGUAUCAAUUUAUUUCCGCUGAAAAUGAGAGGAUACGAUUAUUAGAACAUCUUGGUUCUCAAUUGGAACCUUUCAAGAAACCACAUCCGGAAUCUUUUUAUAAAAGCCGUCUUUUAAAUUUUCCUGAUUUACCAACUCCUCGCAAUAUUCACGACAGCUUUUGUGAAUCUAAUGAUCAAGCUAAGUCCUUUUCAAUUUCUGGAAUGUCCGGUGAAGAUGAUAAUAAUCAGAAAUGA